AUGGGUAAAAGAAAGCACAAGAGCAAAGAUCGGGAUUACGAACAUUUGCUUCACAAAAUAACGAAGCUAGAAAAGGUUAUUAAACGACACCGACAUGAUGAUCUUGUGCAAUCCCCGAAUAACAUGAAAGACGCGUCGCCAGUAGAUGAUGAUUACUCGGUAUCUGUAACAGAAGAGGACAUACAUCAUGUUGAAACCGUAAGAUCGACCGUACACAUACCUGAACAAUCGACAAAACCCGCCAACCCUCUCUGUUCACUAUCCUCACCUACAGCAUCAGGCAUGCCGCCGCCGCGGGCACCUACUCAAACAUCUGUGCAGCAAACAGUACCCCCCACCUUUUCCGUACAAAAUGUUCCUUUAUCGGAUACACGGGAAGUACUACCAACGCAACCUGUAGAAACAUCUGAGGAGACAGGAGACGUGAUUCUAGACAGUACUCUUCUAGAAAUACUGGGUGAGGAUCCGUCAUUAAUCCAACAAUAUGGAAAAGAAAUUCAAAACGACUUAGCAAAGCGACUACAGCAUAUUACGACUAAUGGCUUGACCAAGGAAGUUCGUAAAGAGUUAUGCGACAGGUACUUACCUCCUAGCAACUGUCCCUUGAUUGACGCACCAGAACUCAAUCCAGAAAUAAUAGCUGCGGUCUCAGACGCGGUGAUGAAGCGAGACAAAGGUAUUCAACUAAAACAAAAACAACUAGGACGAGCAAUAUCAUGUGUUGCUGAGGCUCUAAGUACUUUAAUGUCCAAAGAAGACAAAGAUGCACCAGUUAUAAAGUUAUUAAUGGAUGCCUGUCGUUUGCUUUCGGAUAAUCAGAACCAAGACUCGGUUACAAGAAGAAACUUUAUCUUAUAUAAUCUGAAAAAAGACACGAAGGAACAAUUACAAAAAACUAACAUAGAUAAAAUGCUAUUCGGUUCCGAACUUGCAGAAACCUUAAAAACUGCAAAAUCCAUUUCGAAGUCCGGAGCUGAUCUGAAACCACCGGCGUCAUCUAAUAAAGUUUCUGGCCCUAAAAACAAGCCUUACACACCGCAACAAUACACAGGAGCCCAACCUAAAAGAAAUAAUUUAAACUGGAAGGCUCCUCCUCUGAAUCGCAGGCAUCAGGGGAGCCAGAGGAGCAGGGAGCCUGCUUCUUCCAGGAAUCAGCACGCGAGCAGCUCGCGAACAUCUUAUCGAGCGGCACGAUACAGGUACUCGAGCCGCCACUAG